AUGACAUCCAUUGCAACAACAGCCAUUGCAGGAAGCCUGAAAAAUCAACCAAUGCUCCGAGAGAUACUCACGAGGGUGGCAAUGUCCAUGGCAUCCGAGUGUAUGCCAGCAGUUAUGAGAGUCAUUGCACAAAACCUGAUAAGUCAACCCAAGCUCCAAAAGCUACUCAUAAUGACCAUAACUAUUAAUUUCCCAUUAGGUAUGUGUCGAGAACACAGCAAUCGCGUACCUGCUUGGCUUACAGCUGUUCUUGUAGCCAUUCCAUAUAUAUCCAUCACCGUUAAUGCUAUUCUGAUGCCAAAAGCCACCGCGGCAUAUACACUUGCCGCCACCAUUUUGGGACUAUAUCUUGGAUGUAUGGCUGAGCAGCAGCGCCUAAAAUCCAUUGCCGCCAUGUAUCCGCCUGAGCCACAGUAUAGGUAUUACAAAUAUUAA